UUGGCGCCAAAGCAUCAAAGUGCCCAUCAACGAGUUCAAAAAGCUUUAUUUGCACUUUGCCUGGCAGCGUUGACAGCGCAGGAUUUGUCACUUCUCCUGCAGUCCCAAGUCGUCACUCGUGGCACAACAGUGAGCGAUUAGUUGCCUUCAACCGCUCAACAGUCGCAACAACAGUUGGAAAAGUUGACAUCCUCGUGCACGCACGCCACUUGUUCAUUGCUUAUUUGGAUUUUUUGCUUUGGCGCGAGUGUUUUAGUUCAUCGCGCAGCAAUUAACGCUCAGAAUUCAUAAUGCUAUACAUUUUUAAACACCGUUAAACCGUUGAUUCGCGCACAACACAACCGACACUCGGCAGCGAACAGUACGCAUCAUUGUAUUUGUGUGAAAGUGUGUGUAAUUGGCGUCGGCUCUAGAUAGCACUAAUAACCCAUUUGCUGGUGGCUGUUGGUCGCACGGUGCGUAUACGUAACGUUUCAUUAGAAAUAAUCACAUAGCGGAUUUGCUGACGUGGUCGCGCACUUAUUAUGCUAAGAAAUUGACAAUCUUCUGAACAUUAAAGUGGUAUACAAAAAUAAUACAUAACAGCGGAUGGAAAAAAUCCUAAAACAACUUUAUUACUCGCGGGCCUGACAUUCGCAUUCGCAACAACAGCGCAUACAAGUUUUUGUAAAAACCAUGUAAAGUUAAUUAUUUUUGAAGAUUUUGAAAGGCAUAAAUAUUCAAAAUAAAAAGUAUUUGCAUAUUUUUGCAGCUAAUCAGCACAGAAAACAACAAAAAAGUUAAAAUAAAAUAAAAAAAUGUAUUAAAAAUUAUUAAAAAAUAAAAAAAAAAAACCUUAAAGAAUACGAAAAAUAAUAUCCUCGGAAAAUCAUAUCAGAUCACAAACGAUUAAAGCUGAUGCCGCCGCAAGUCAUUUUAUUUAAUUUCGUUGACGCCUAAUUUCAUCUUCAAUUGUGCACAAACGCCAUACGCGUCUUGUUGUUUUUGUUUUGCUUCAGUUCUAUGUUUUAUUUAUAAAGUGGCAACCGUAUUUUUCUACAAGCCAUAGCGUAUUUGAAAAGAUGCAAUUAAAAAAGUAAUUUAUGUCCCAAAUUCGAAGUGUUGAGGUGCAAAAAUUUUUUACUUUUCAAAAUUAGAAUUCAAAAAUAAUAAAAAUUCGCAAGAAUUGAAAGAAUUUUAAUUUCAUAUGCGCCUUUGAUUUUGUUGUUUUGUGCAACGUUUUAUAGACGUCAGCAGACGCAGCAAAAAGUGAAUAAAAAGUGUUGUUACUACAUUGUUGUAGUUCGACAUAUUUAGACCUAAAUAUAGAUACAAAAAAAGUAGAAAAAUUAGGCAACACAAAAAGAGCUGUGAUCGGAGGACAACACAUGUGCUGUUCUUUUUAAGUUCGGGUAGCGACCAUGAUGUCCUGCCCCCUUCCCAUGCCAUUACCUAUAUUGACUUCAGCACUACACAGCGAUUUUUCACCGGUUCACAUUGGUGUUAAGCGAGGAAGCGACGAACUUUUAAGUCAAGCAGCAGUUAUGGCGCCCGCUUCUGACAAUAAUAAUCAGGAUUUAGCCACAAAGAAAGCCAAAUUGGAGCCAAGCACCGUCCUUGGUGGAGUUGGCAAACCAUCAAAAGUCAUCCACUUGCGUAACAUUCCAAUUGAGUCCAGCGAAGCAGAUGUCAUCUCAUUAGGUGUACCGUUCGGUCGCGUCACAAAUGUGCUCGUCUUGAAGGGCAAAAAUCAAGCUUUCCUCGAAAUGGCCGACGAAGUAUCCGCGACAUCUAUGGUCUCAUGCUAUACCGUUACACCGCCACAUAUGCACGGACGCAUGGUUUAUGUACAGUUCUCCAAUCAUCGCGAAUUGAAGACAGACCAGAGUCACAACAAUACCGCUGUCGUGUCCAGCGAUUAUCGCAUUCAGUCGCCAGCAUCUGGCUCACCGCUACCGCUGUGCAACACCGCUACCACCACCAAUGCCGAUGGCACCAUCGCCGUACUACAGAAUAACUCGAACGCAGUCAACACCAACUCCACAGCCGGCGGACCGAACACGGUGCUGCGCGUCAUUGUCGAAUCGCUGUUGUAUCCGGUGUCGUUGGAUAUCUUGCAUCAAAUUUUCCAGCGUUUCGGCAAAGUGCUGAAAAUCGUCACAUUUACAAAGAAUAAUUCAUUCCAGGCACUGAUCCAGUAUCCGGACGCCCAUUCGGCCCAGCAUGCCAAGAACAUUUUGGACGGCCAGAACAUCUAUAACGGUUGCUGCACACUGCGCAUCGACAACAGCAAAUUGACAGCUUUGAAUGUCAAAUACAACAAUGACAAAUCGCGCGACUUCACAAAUCCAUCAUUGCCACCGGGUGAGCCGGGCGCCGACAUUAUGCCCACCGCCGGCGGUUUGGUAAAUGCCAAUGACUUACUCCUGAUCGCGGCCCGACAGCGGCCAUCCCUAACAGGAAUGCCGAUUUCAAUUUGUUUUCCUAAAAAAGUUAAAAAUCAAAAUUACUACUUUGCAGUGAACGGACUCGGUGCUCCCGGCGUAUUGCCGCCAUUCGCACUCGGCAUCGGCACACCACUCGCCGGCGGCUACAACAGCGGCAUACCGAAUUUGAGCGCCUUUGCGCUGGCCAACAGUGGUGCUCUACAAACAGCAACGCCCGCUCUGCGCGGCUUCUCCAACGUGCUGCUGGUCUCGAAUCUAAACGAAGAGAUGGUCACGCCUGAUGCUCUAUUUACCCUCUUUGGUGUUUAUGGAGAUGUGCAACGUGUGAAAAUCUUAUACAACAAAAAAGACUCAGCUCUCAUACAAAUGGCCGAACCACAACAAGCCUAUUUGGCUAUGAGUCACCUUGACAAAUUGCGCUUGUGGGGUAAGGCGAUACGUGUUAUGGCUAGUAAACAUCAGGCUGUGCAGCUGCCGAAGGAAGGACAACCGGAUGCCGGCCUCACACGCGACUACGCACAAAAUCCAUUGCAUCGAUUCAAGAAACCGGGUAGCAAAAAUUAUCAAAACAUUUAUCCACCAUCGGCCACAUUGCAUUUAAGUAACAUUCCAUCAUCGUGCACUGAGGAAGAUAUCAAGGAAGCAUUCACCUCCAACAAUUUUGAAGUUAAAGCAUUCAAGUUUUUCCCUAAGGACCGCAAAAUGGCGCUCCUGCAGCUCUCGUCGGUGGAAGAAGCCGUCUUGGCGCUCAUCAAAAUGCACAAUCACCAGCUCUCCGAAUCGAAUCACUUGCGCGUCAGCUUCUCCAAGUCGAACAUCUAAGCCACAACAGCAACAACAACAACACAACUACUUUAUACACAUAAAUGCAUGCAGAGGCAUGUGCAAAGUGUAAUCAGCUGCAGCGCGCAUAAGUAAAGGCAUAGAUGUGAUGCAACAACAACAAGAACAUAACAAACAAUAGACAGAGGAAGAGGAAGCAAUAGGUGCAGAAAUGUAAAAUAGGCGACUACAAAACGACCACAUAGAAAAAAUCGCAAACAAAAAAUCCAGCAAACAAUAGCAACAACAACAAAUAAUAAGGAACAUAAGAAGAACAGCAACAACAAACAAGUAAUCAACAAGGAUCACUACAUAUCUACAACAACAACUAUACAUACUAUUCUAAAUAGCAACGGCAGCAGUAGUAGCAACAACAACAACAACAACAAAAUUUGUAGUGUACUCAUUUAAUGAUCAGCCCCAACUACGGGAACUCUGUACAACAACAACAAAGAACUAACUCUAAACAGCCCCAAGCACUGAGGGAUGAAUCUAUAAUUCAUAUACAGAUGUAUAUAUGCUUAUAUAUGUGCGUCACUAUUACACUUUUUUUACAUUUGUAGUUUUAUUCAGCGAAAAUUAUUGCUACACCCUUUAUUAAUUAUUACUUUUAUUAUUAAUGAUACAACUUUAACACAUAACACACAUACAUAUACAAGUGUACUACAUACUUAUAUAUAGAUUAGAUAUUUUUUUGAGCAAAUUUUACGCGUUAGCGGUAAAUCCAUAGAAAAAUCCAGAGAAAAAAAUAGCACAGACAAGAAAAUUCGGAAAAACCCCCCUCCAACUAACCUGUAACCACCCACCCACCAACAUUUCGCAACUGCUCACAUGCAAAUGUACAUGACAACCGCUAGAAAACUAAAAUCAACAACAACAACAAUAGCAGCAACUAACCGAAAUUUUUGUGUUAAAUCUAUUACAUAAAACAACCACAACAACAACAGAAACAGAAACAAAAGCAAAUUAUAUUAAUAUAGUUAUACUGUAAUAUUUUAUGUAAGCACAAUAAGAGAAAGAAAAACAAAAACAAAAACAAUUUCAAAAUUUAAAAUAAUAUUAAUUAUAAUAUGUAUUACAUGUAUGCGCUGAAUUGAGAGGAGUGAGUAUUCACGGUAUUGUUAAAGAGCAGAGAUGUUAAAGAGCAAACGCUGAUGAAACAGCAAAUUGCGAAAAAAACUAAAAUUAAAAUUAAAAACAAAAACAAAAUAAUAAUAAAUUUAAAAAUUACAUUAAAGAAAAUUUAUGAUUUUUUACUAGGCAUAGCAGAAGAUAUAUACAUACAUACAUAUACAUAAGUGAAAGUAAAACUUAAAGCAGAGAAGAGAGAAAUAUGCGUUAAAUGCGAUAAAUAUUUUAGAGAGCUGUGUUUCGUUUUAAAAAACAUGCAGAACAAAAACUAAGCAAACAAAAUAAAAAUAAAUGAAAUAACGGACAAAAUGCAACUGAAGGAAGUGACAAUUGCAAACAGGCGCCUAAAGCUAUGCAAAAGCGCCAGUAUGGCGACAUACAUAUAUACAUACAAACAAACAACUUGCAUUAUGGCAAAUUCAUGUCCUUGCUGCUAAAUGUUAUUAAUUAAAGUUUAAUUACACAUAAAUUAUUAAUAUUGAAUAUUUAAUUAUAGACGAAAUGGAAUUUUAUUUUAAAUUAAUUGAUUUAGGCUUAAGAAAAAAAACCGUACUUUAAGCAGAGUAAAGUAAGGGCGGGCAGAUGUACACAAACACAUACACAUGCACGCGUGCAAAAAUGCGUGAGCGCGCAAGAAAGGCGCAGACUUUGUAUUAGAGCGCAGCUUGAAAGGGCAACAGAACAAAUUAAAGGUAGAGCAAAGUCACGAAAAAUAAAAAUGUCAAACAAGAAAAGUAAAAGAAAAAAAGAAAAGCAAAGUUGCAAGUGUAAAAGCAUAGAAGAAUGUUGAGCUAAUGGCAAACAAAAAAGUGCAUGUGCAAGUGCAACUAAGUGUAAAAUUUAUGAAUUAUUGAUAAUCAGCUGCACACACAUACUAUACAUAUGCAUGCACCACUGAGUUCGACAACCUAAUCAAUAAGUGAAGUACCACAAAUAAAAAUUAAAAAAUUAAAAUAAUUAUUAAUUGGAAUUAACGCUGCGAGUUGCAUAAACGGAGUAAAAAUGCGCAUAACUGCAAAAGAAAGUAAACAUUAAAGCAUGUUCAAUUAUGCUCAAGCAUGAUCAAGCUUGUUCAAGUAAACAUGUUCAAGCUUGUGCAAAAAUGUUCAAACAUGUUCAAGCGUGUGCAAGCAUGUUCAAGCAUGCUCAAGCAUUCUCAAACAUGUUCAAGCAUAUGCAAUCAUGUUCAAUCAAACAUGUUCUAACAUGUUUAAGCAUAUUCAAGUAUGUUCAAGCAUGCUCAAGCAUAUUCAAGCAUGUUCAAGCAUGCUUAAGCAUAUUCAAGCUUGUUCAAGCAUAUAAGUUGUAGCGUAUUUGAUUUGAAUUUUAUUUUUAACACAUAAAUAUACCCGCAGCUGCGGUAUUUUUAGUAUUAUCCCUUAGCAAGCAAAGGUGAAUGUGAAAUUUAUUAUUAAAAAAAAAAAUUAAAAAACAAAAUUUAUUAGAGAAAUUCAAAACGCAGCGAGCUUGGCGGCAGCGCUUGAAGUGGCAAAUCAUAACUGUAAAUGUAACAAAGCAUGCAUAUAUACACACAUAGUAUAUUGUAAAACUGAAAAGAAUUUAAACAGAACAAAUACAAAUCAGUAUAUUAUUAUAUACAAAAGCAAAGAAAAAUUAUAAAAACAAAAACAAAAAACAAAUACAAAUGCAUAAGAAGAGAAGUGAAAACUAUAAGUGUGAAAUUGUAUUGUAAUUUUUAUGUAAACCAAUCAAAACUGUUUGUUCGUUUUAUUAUAGUAAACCUUAAGCCAAGUAUGAUAAAAAAAGAAACAUAAAAAUACAAUAAAAUCAAACUUAAACUGACUUAUACAUACUCUUAUGAAGGUGGUUGAGCUGAUUUGAGAUUGUAAGCGCUUUGGGCAUGUUGUGGGCGGUAGAUUGGCGUAGUUGGAUUUUUAGGUUAGGUGCGAAAAAUUUAAUUUUUUUUUUUAAUUUGUUGCAACGGAACAAGCAACUUUGGGAAUUGUUGCUGGCUGCUUUAUGGAGCUAGUAAAUAUUGAACAUAUUUUAUUUCCGCUCGAACUUCUGUGGCAAGCGCUGUUAUACAUUGCAUUAAGCCUCGUUCAAUAUGCUGAAAACGAAAGCGGAUUUUCCUAAACCAUACACCAUACAAGGCAGCUAUUAUUACUACAGUUAUGUACGUUGCUUGGUUCAAGCAUGAUUUUGAAGUUGUAUUUUUUUUAAUAAAGAGUUCAAAAUUUUUGCGACAUAUUUUCGGGUUACCGCUGGUGGCUACUUCAGGGACAGGUGUCUGUAAAUGUAGCGUAGUGAACUCAUAUAUUAUUUCCGAAUGUAGAGUUUUAGCUAAGGAGUUCCAAAGAGGCUGCUAGCGCGCUUUUUAACUAAUGGCAGUCAUUCUAAUCUCAAUAAAUAAAAAAUCGACAUUAAAAUUUGUCUGAGAAAUGAAAAAAAAGUUCUAGAGAAAGCGCUUUAAAGCUGAUUUAAAAUAUUUCGUUUCUAACCACAAAAAGUUUAAAUUUAAAUAACCGCCGAAGUGCAAGCGAACCUCAACAACUGUUCAGGAGCAGUAACGGCAAAUCAGCAGCAACAAAAGAGCAAGAAUAAUCUCACAAAAAUAUAAAAAAAAACAACAAAAUGAAAAACAAAUCACAAAUACAUGAAUAGCAUCGCCAAUCAGCUCAAACAAACUCACUUUAAAGUGAGCGAUAAUUAGGGAAUAUCUUAAAAAGAAACAUAAUAAAAACCGUUAAACAAGAGAAGAAGAAGGCAACGGUGCAGCAAACACUUUUAAGUAAAACAUGAAGUAUUCAGAAGCACAACAACAACUGCUGAGAAACUUGGAUGAUGUGGAUAGCCGCGUGUGGACCCGCAAUUAUACAAAUUCUCGAAGCAGAGGCGUGGAAGCGCGAAACGGCCUGCACCGAACUGGCGAAUAACCGUUAAGCGGUCAAAACUGGUGUUCAGCACAUAAACUAUAUGUAUGUAGCAGACAAUUUACACACAUACAUACAUACAAAAAAGCAGUUAGAAAUUACAAAAUAAAACAAGCGAGCAAAUGUGGAUAUAUUAUAAAGCAAAAAACAAAAACGAAUAUAUAUAUACAUACAUAUAUAUAUAUUGCAAAAACCGCAACAAAAAAUUGCAAUUAAAUUUUGAAUGUAUUUUUUAGUUAAAAUAUAAAUUUAUUAAUAUUUAAAUAGAACAAAUACAAACACAAAAAAAAAAAAUAAGGAAAAAAUGCAUUAAUAUAUAAUAUACAAUAUUAUAUACUAAGUAAGAAGUGAAUGUAUUUAAAUUUAUUAACGUACAUAUACCUAUACAUACGAGUACAUAGCAAAUAGUGGCAUGCAGACGACGCAUUAGGAUAAACGAAGCAAAACAAAAACAAAAAGUGAACAAUUUUAACUGUGUCGUGUUUUUGAAGCAAAUUUGCGAACAAAAUAGAAUUUAUUGUAACACGUGGUCAUAAGUAUAUGAAAUAUGAAAAAUAUAUAUUGAAAAAGAUAAAUAUAUACCAGCGAAGAAGUGUGUAAAAGCAGGCGUAAGACAUACAAAAACAACACAAGCAUGCAAAACAAACAUAUGCACAGCUGCUUGCUUACAUAAUAGUGUGUGAGAUACAUACAUACAUAUAUCCUUUACGGUGCAUAAUUUUUGAAAUAAAUUAAUUAUGUUUUAAAGUUGUAAGAUUUUUAAUUUCAAAAAUGUGUUUCAGUGAGUUUUGAUUAUUUUAUUGUUUUUAAUUUUUAAUCCAUUUUUUUAUAGUUUUGUUUUUAUUUAUUUAUUGAUUUUUAAAUUUAAUUUCUAUCAUUAUUAUUUUUUAUAUAUAUUUAUUUAGUUUUUAAUUUAAUUUUUUUAUAUUUAUUUUCUUUGUUUUCAUUUAAUUUACAUAUUUUUUUAUUUAUUUAUAUUUUACUCUUUUUUUAUAUUCUAUAUACAUAUAUUUUUCUAAUUUUUUGUUUAUUGUUCUUUUUAGAAUUUUCUACAUUUUUUGUAUUGUAUUUUUUUGUAAUAGCUUUUAUUUAAAUUUAUUUAUUUAUUUAUUUUAUUUGGAUUUCUUAUUUUUUUUUACUUUUAACAUUUUUUAAGAUUCUUAAUGUUUCGUGUAUCGUUUUCGAAAAUAUUUUUUUUUUAUUUGUGUUUGUGCUAUAUAUAUUUUUUUAAAUUUAGUUUUUAUUUUGCUUUUCUUAUAUUUUUUCUCCUUUAUUUAUUUUUUCCUGUUUUAUUUUUUUUUCAAUUGUUUACUUUUCUUAAAUUUUUAUUUUUGUAUUAUUGUGUGUUUCUUUUUUCAGCAUAUUUUUGGGGGGUUUUGAUAUAUAUCUUUUGUUUUUUUUAAUUUGUUUUUUUUUUUGUUAUUUUUGGGAUAUUUUGGUUUUUAAUUUUUUAUUAGUUUUUUUGUGCAUACUGUUUGACUAUUUUAUUUUUUUACUUUGAAAUAUAGCAUAAUAUAGAUGUGAAUUUUUAUAUCAUUUACUUAACAUCUUAUUUUUUAUUUUUAAUCUGGUCUUUGCUUUUUUUCCUUAUUUUGUUUAUACUUUGUUGCUAUUGUAUUUUUUUAUUUUGUUUGAACUUUUUUCUUCAUUAAUAUUAUUUCGCUAUUGCUUUAUAUUAUUAUUAUUAUAUUAUUCCUUUUUUAACUUUUAUUGUUUAUGUUAUUAUUUUUUAUUAUUUUUAUUUCUUUCCUUUUUUAAUUUUUUUUUAUUUAUUUGUUUUGCAUUCGAGUUUUAUUUUUCGUAUUUUUAUAUAUACAUCUCAUUUCAUAUUUUCGUUUUCUAACGUUCACAUGUGCCGCUAUCCGUUAUACAUCGCCAUCACAGCGAAGCCCAUCACCACAGACGACAAAACCAACCGAACCCACUGCAAACAAUCUUUUUCACACAAAGCUGAACAGGGUUGUUAAACUAAAACUACUGAAGAACAAUCGUUGAACACAAAUCAUUUUAACUAACAAAACAAAAGAAAAAAGAAAACAAAAACAAAAUAGAAAAACAAAAAACAAUUAUAUAAAACUAUAUAAUUAUUAAAAAUAAAAAAGUAUAAAAACGCAAAAACAAAUAUAAAAAUAAAGUGUACUAAAAAUUAGCUAAAAACAUAAACAGGAAUUAUAAAUUGAAAAUAAAAUAUUUGAAUAAUAUAUAUGUACAUAUAUACAUAUAUAUAGUAUAUAUAUACAUGCAUACAUACAUACAUAUAUUAUAUAUUCGAAGUGUAUAAAAUAGCAUUUAGAACAUGUAUUAAUUAGCAAUUAUGGGAAAAGUGAUUGAUAAAAAUAUUGAGGAAACAAAAACAGAAGAAAAACUAACUAUAAAUUUACAACAAAACGGCAAACUCGUAGCUGACGGCAGAUGAAAAGUUAAAUUAAAUUAAAUUAAGAAAAUGUUAGAGAAAAUUAAAACAAUUUAAAAUACAGGAAACUUUGAGAAAUGAAUUGAUUUUGUAGAGACUAGUGGUAAAUACACACAUACAUGCUGACAAACAUACAUAUAUAUAUAAAAACAAUAAGCAGAACAGUGUUUUAUUUUAAUAAAAUGUGCAUACAGUUUAUUUUUGCUUGGAAAAUUUGCACACACACACGCAAAAUAUAAAAAACACGAAGGGCAUUAAAACUACUUAUUAGACAGAAUUAGAAAAAAUUUUGUUGUUACGCUGUUGGUUAGCAAAAAUGCUUGAUUUUCGUUAAUAAAAAAAUUGUUUCACUAAAAUUUUUAUAGACAAAUUUUUUUUAUUGCAAAUAGUUUAAAUAUGGUUUGCAUAAAAUAAAAUAAUUUGGAUUCUUUGUUGGAAACAAAAAUUAGGGAGGUACCGUUAGUUAAAUUUUUUCAUCAUAUUUAUAAUAAAUGUUUUGCAAAAUGCUCAUUCCAAUCAUAUAAAAUAAGGAUGAUGAAGGCAAAAAAUAAAAGAUAUAAAAAUAACAA